AUGGGAGUAAAGAAGAUGGGUUUGGUUUUUGCUUUCCUUGGCUUUUUGUUCUUCGAUGGGCUGCUGCUUCGUACGGCAGCCGAGGACCACCAUUAUAGCUUCAUUCUGAGGGAGUCGCUCGUGAAUUUCACAAGGCUGUGUGGCCAAACAAAGAGCAUGUUUACUGUAGAAAUAGAGGGCUUACCCGUAUGGCCUGGCCCUACGAUUCAUGUUCGUAAAGGCGAUACGGCAUAUAUCAAUGUUCACAAUAAUGGAGAUUAUGGUGUCACUAUUCACUGGCACGGAGUGAAGCAGCCAAGAAAUCCAUGGUAUGAUGGUCCUGAGUACGUCACACAGAUGCCCAUUGAACCACAAACAAACUUAACUUAUGAGGUUAUAUUUUCUGACGAAGAAGGAACACUUUGGUGGCAUGCCCAUAGUGGCUGGUCACGUGCCACAAUCCAUGGCGCCAUUGUCAUCAAGCCGCCAGAGGGAGCCCCUUAUCCAUAUGAUACACAACCCGAUGGCGAGCACGUGCUUGUACUUGGAGAAUGGUACAAUGGAGAUGUCAUGGAAAAUAUCGAAGAGGCCCUGAGAACCGGUGGUGAUCCAAAAAUGUCAGAUGGAUAUGCCAUCAAUGGCCUACUAGGACCUUCAGAUGCUUGCCCCGAUGAUCCAAGUUAUCCUUUAUUAGUCGAACACGGCAAGACAUAUCUUCUCCGUAUAGUAAAUGCGGUGAUGAAUGAGGAAAUGUUCUUUGGAAUCGCAGACCACACGAUAACAGUUGUGGGACAAGAUGGUGCAUACAUAACUCCCAUAACCGUCGAUUACAUAAUGAUAACCCCAGGACAAACAAUGGACGUAUUGCUCACAGCAAACCAGGCACCCAGUUACUAUUACAUCGUUGCUACUCCUUUCAUGGACCACAGUCUGCCUGCCCCAUUCGACAAGAACAACACUUCAGCCAUUCUUAUGUAUACAGGGGCUACUCCUCCGACCACUAUUCCCUCUCCGUCCCUUCCUGAUUCAAGCAACAGGGAUGCUGCAAGCAACUUCACAAGUCAAAUAAAGUCAUUGAACCCGGUUGAUGUGCCGACAGACGACAUCAAACGCAUUUUGAUAGCAGUUUCUGUAAACCGGCUACCUUGCACCGAUCCGGAUUGUAAGGAUUCGAGGCAAUCUGCAAGCUUGAACAACAUAAGUUUCCUCACCCCAACCACUGAUAUACUUCAUUCAUACUACUGUGGCUUACCUUUCGACAAAGAUUUCCCGGCUAUGCCGCCCGUGCCGUUUGACUACACAGGAGAUGAAGCGGCUAAUUAUGAACUCCCAAGCGUAGGAACCAAGGCACUUAUAAUAGAUUAUGGGACAAACGUGGAAAUAGUGUUCCAAGGGACUAAUGUUGGGAACGCAGAGAAUCAUCCGAUGCAUCUUCAUGGUUAUAGCUUCUUUUUGGUUGGGACGGGUGAUGGCAAUUGGGACCGUGACGAUAUUACAAAUUACAAUACGACAUAUGCACCGGCAGUUAACACCAUCGGAGUUCCUAAGAAUGGAUGGGCUGCCAUUAGAUUCAAAGCCGAUAAUCCUGGGGUUUGGUUUAUGCACUGUCAUUUGGAACGGCAUUCGAGUUGGGGUAUGAGCGGUGUUAUCAUUGUGCAGAAUGGGGACAGCCCUGACGAACGCAUUCUGCUACCCCCGCCUAAUUUCCCUGCUUGUCCUCCUAAAUAG